GACGCUGUCUGUUCACUGUCAAAUCAAACCUGAUAUAGAGUGAGUUACUAUACUGCUGGGAACAUCAUUUACCAAAGUUACCCAACAGAUUUGACAUGGAGUCAGUUGAAGUCGUCAAUAAUCAGAAUGUGGUUGAGAGGGUGGCCAGCCUCCCCUUGGUGAGCUCCACCUAUGACAUGGUGUCCAGUGCCUACUGCACCACCAAGGAUAACCACCCCUACCUCAAGUCCAUGUGCGAGGUGGCCGAGCUGGGGGUGCGAACCAUCACCACUGUGGCCCUCACUGGUGCAGCGCCCAUCAUCGGCAAGCUGGAGCCACAAAUUGCCAUGGCCAAUGACCUGGCCUGUAAAGGUUUGGAUAAGAUUGAGAAGACCUUGCCAAUCCUGCACCAGCCUUCUGAUCAGAUUGUUGCCAACACCAAGGAUGCAGUGACCGGUGCCAAAGACGUGAUGUCUGUCACCGUCACGGGGGCCAAGGACAGUGUGUCCCACACCUUGACUAGCGCGGUGGACCGGACCAGGGGUGCUGUGCAGGACAGCGUGCAGAUGACCCGGGCUGCGGUCAGUGGUAGCGUAAACACGGUGAUGGAGAGCCGCAUGGCCCAGAUGGUCAGUAGCGGAAUGGAGACGGCCCUCACCACCUCUGAGCGCUUGGUGGACCAGUACCUGCCUCGCACUGAGGACGAGCUGGAAAUGGAGGCUAAAACGGUGAAAGGGUUCGACGUGGCCAAGGAUGCACCUAACUACUAUGUUCGUCUGGGCUCUCUGUCUACCAAGCUGCGUAAGAGAGCGUACCACAAGGCCCUGGCCCAGAUCAAAGACACCAAGCAGCGCAGCCAGGAGUCCAUCUCACAGCUCAACCACACUGUGGACCUGAUUGAUUACGCCAGAAAGAAUAUUGACGGAGCUAACCAGAAGGUGAAAGGCAAACUGAGCUCCCUGGUCGAGUGGAAGUCUAAUGAAGAAGAUGGCAAUGAGGCAGAGAACAUAGAAUCGAGGACCCUGGCGAUGGCGCGCUCCCUCACUCAGCAGCUGCAGACAACGUGCCUGGCGCUAGUCUCUGGUCUGCAGGGCCUUCCACAGAACAUCCAGGAGGAGGCGAUGUCCCUUAGCCACUCUGCCUCGCAAAUCUACUCCAGCUUCAGCAAGGCGUCGGCGUUCGGUGACCUGUCGGAUGGCGUUCUAGCCAGCAGCAAGGCCCAGCUGAACAAGAUGAAGGAGUCGCUGGAUGACGUCAUGGACUACCUGGUGAACAACACACCCCUCAACUGGCUGGUACCAGACUUCACCUUCUCAGACUUGGCCUCGGAACCUGACCUCUCCUCAGUUGAGGACGAUGGCAUGUCAGAUGAGUCCAACAGCAACGAACCCCUAUCAGCUCCCCUUGCUCACCAAUAAUCUACAUUGUCAGAUAAAUCAAAUGUCCACAGGUCAUCUGUCUGUAAUGCUUAGUUAUAUUUGAAAAUAGAUUUUAAUAUUUUUGAAAUACAAUUGGUAGACAAUCAUAGUAGUUGAUUUGGCCAGUGUAUUUGAAAAUACACUAUGUAUUUAAAUAUGUAGGUAUUAAAUAUGCAUGGAUUUGAACAAAGGUCUGUUCUGUUGUGGAUUGAAAAAAUAUUUAUUCGCUGUGAAAGUGACCGCCUCUUCCGUUUUACUUCCAUGUCCAAUACAGUUUUGAAUGGGAUUCAAGAUAUCAUAGAAUUCAUGAACGCAGUCAUUUAAGAUACCGUUUUUGUGGAUUAUCUGAUGCCUUAGCGACAGCAUUUUUUAUUUUUGUACUUCUUGCACUGAACCGUUUAAAAACUACAAGGCACAGAAGGCGGCCACUUUCCCAGAGUAUUUUCAUGGCAGGUGUGUGAGCCUUUAAAUAAACAUUGCAGCUAUACAGUAA